CGUCCACUUUUAUUUAUGGCUGUAUAUUUUUAAUGUUUCUUUUCCCCCAACCAAUCUAAAAAAUUCUUCUUGAGAUUCCUUAGGUUUAUUUAUUUUCUUCCCCCAAAAAAACAAAAACAAAAAAACCCUCGUUUAUACCAUAUAAACAUCACAGUACUCCUCCGAUCCCCUCACACAUACAGCUCAUCAAUAAUGGAGGGUGAGAGGCAGCGCCACCACAACAACAACGAUCUCGAGCGGUGGAGGUUUAGAGAUUCCGGCGGCCGCUUCCUCUCUUCAGAUCACAAUAAUAAUAUCCUCUUCCCUAAGGGUUUUCCGGCCGCCGCCGCCGGAAACUACAUCCGGCCGCCUCCCUCUUCCUUUUCCCAUCUUAACAGCAACCAGUUCAUCCUCCCCUAUGACAACAAACCCAUGUUUUCUACUCCUUCCUAUCUGGAGGACUGGGGUGAUGACAAGUUCCACAUAAACCCUAAUAAUCUCAGGGCCAGCAAUGAUGCUUUGUUCCAGGUAAAUCCUCCUUAUCUCGCCCGUGAUCCCGGAUUCAGUCUCAAUCCCACUCUCCGAUCCGUCUAUAGCGACGAUUUGGAAACAAUGUUUAACCGCAUGAGCUUGUUAUCCUCUGGGAAUCUGAGAAAGGGGUUUGGAUUGGCAGGGGGCAAUCCAAACACGAAUAAUAAUAAUAAUAAUAAUAAUAGGAGCACGCGGUUUGUGGGUAACACCAGCAGCAGUGGUGGUGGUGGUGGUAGGGGGGAGAGGUGUUACAAGUUCACGAGUGUGGAGGAGGUGAGGGGGAAGAUAGUGGCGGCGACCAAGGAGCAGCAGAGCUGCCGGGUGCUGCAGCAGAAGCUGGGGGAGGGGAGGCCGGAGGACGUGGAGAUGAUAUUCUCCGAGGUGAAAGACCAUGUCUGCGAGCUCAUGGUCGACCAGUCCGGGAACUACCUCGUCCAGAAGCUGUUCCAGGCAUGCAACGCCCAGCAGAUGACCCAGUUGCUCCUCGAGGUUGUCAAAGACGGCUGCCAGUUGCUGGCCAUUUGCCUUGACAUGCAUGGGACAAGAGCGAUGCAGACGAUGCUGCGGCAUCUAACAACGGCGGAUCAAAGGGGUUUGGUAGUGGGGGCAUUAAGGCAUGUCACUGUCACAUUGACCAAAAGUGUCAAUGGCCAUCAUGUCAUUCAGCAUUGUAUCAAGUUCUUCUCCAACGACGAGAAAAAGCACUGUGUCGAAAAUGCUGACGUGCAGUCUCGGGAACGUCUCGUGGCUGAGAUCAUCGUCAAUUCCUUGGUUCUCUCGGAACAUCCUUACGGGAACUAUGUGGUGCAAAACAUUGUGGGGCUAAAGAACCCAAAGUGUACGGGGGAGAUAGUGAACCAACUGGCGGGGAGCUUUGUGGGGCUGUCGAUGGACAAAUACGGGAGCAAUGUGGUGGAGAAGUGCUUGAAGGAGUCGGAAGAGAGGCAGGCCAACCGGAUCAUCCAAGAGAUCAUUUACAGCCCACAUUUCUUGAUGGUUCUCCAAGACCCUUUUGGCAACUAUGUUGUUCAAUCCGCUCUCUCCAUCUCCAAGGGAGGUCUUUUGCAUGAAAUGGUGGACAUCAUCAACAUGCAUUAUACAUCACUCCAAAGUCAUCCCCAUGGCAAAAGGGUGCUAGCCAAGACCAGAGGAAACAAGCUGCGCUUAUAAAUCAAUCAAAGCGAUCCAUCCAGCCACAUAUGAUGAUGUUGUUACAAAUUAAAUAAUAAGAUUAGUGUUGUUUG